AUGAUAUCUGCAAGAUUUAAUAAAUUACUCAGAAAUUGUAGUUCGCUGUACAAGAAAAAUCAAAUUCAUCAUUCUACGACAGAGCCACAAAUUGAAACUCUUAAUCGUGAAAAAUAUACAAUAGUUGCAUGGGAUCCACCAGGUUAUGGUUUUAGUCGACCACCAGACAGAGAUUUUUCACCAGGAUUUUUUUAUCGUGACGCUGACUAUGCCAUUUCACUUAUGAAAUCAUUGCAAAUUGAUAAAUAUUCGCUGCUGGGUUGGAGCGAUGGUGGGAUCACUGCACUUAUAAUGGCAUCCAAAGCUGUUGACAAAGUGGAAAAACUCAUAGUUUGGGGUAGUAAUGCGUAUGUUACUGAAAAAGAUAUUGAAUUAUACGAGAAAAUACGAGAUGUCCAAAAAUGGUCCCCACGCAUGAGGCAACCGUUUAUUGAUUUGUAUGGCGAAAAGUAUUUUUCAGAUACUUGGAAUGCUUGGGUAAAUUCAUUUCAAAUAAUACUUAAAGAAAACGGAGGGGACAUUUGUCGAGAAGCGCUGUCUAAAAUUGAUGCGCCUACUCUUAUUUUACAUGGUGCUCAAGACCCUUUAGUGCCUAUGGAGCAUCCAGUUCAUUUACACAAAAAAAUAAAAUAUGGAUCGCUUGAAAUCUAUCCGGAAGGCAAACACAACAUUCAUCUAAGGUACGCCGAACUGUUCAAUUCGGCGGUAGACGAUUUCCUGGCCGAAGACUUGUAG